CAGCCGCCCACGCAUACGCCGUGCGUGCAUUCGCUGCUCUCCGAUCUAGCGGGCUGGUAGUACGCCGCGGAAACAGCUGAGCGUUGCCGUCCUAGCCUACGACGCCAGACCUCUUCGUGAGUCGCGGUUGCCUGGAAACGCGCACAGCUUUCGUUUGUUUUUAAUUGGCGAGUCCAGGUUGAAUCGCGGAUGCGUACAAAACUUUGAAGGCGAAUUUGCUGCUUUGGGCUUGAGACAGGUGUGCGUUUCCUCCAUUGAAAACCGGAAGCCUCGAUGAGCUCCCCAAGUCACGUCUGACGAGGAGGCUACUUCUUCCAUCUUGCUUCGAUCGCAUCAGGCGACAAUGGACUUCGAUAACCCCUCGUACUUCUCGGUGCCCAAGGAGGGCCAAUCACCAUCCACUUCUUCCUCCUCGGUGGUUAUGGACUGUCAUCAGCCCAGUACCUCGUUCGAGAGGUCCACCAAGAGGUCGUUCAUGAGAUCUAUCAGCAGUAAUUCAGCGGAUUCUAAUAAGGAACUACUUAUUAUGGGAGAGCCAAGACUGAGCGACCUAGCACCAGACCUAGCGUAUCGUCACUCUUCUCGAUCAGAAUCUAUGAGGUCAAGAAGAGAGGAAGCACGCAAUGAUUUCAACUAUUUACCUCUCCCUACAAGCGAAGAGCAAGCUGACGAACUUUCUGGCGAUGAAGUUUUCCUCACAGAAGAGUCUGCUCGAUACUACAACGUUUCCGCAAUGAAGCGUACAAACCAACGUCGUCACUCUAUCGGCACCUUUGUUAUGAAGGAGCGGUCUAACAGUAUGGUGUCCUCAACAAGAAGCUUCAAGGAAGAUUUCCCUCAAAGAGAAAGGGACGACAUUGACGACCAUUCCUUGAGGCAUGCUUCGUUUCCUAGGAAGAGGUGUUCCAGGUGCACAAAUGGUAAGUGA